AUGAAACCCCGUGCGGAUGGAACCUACUUAGUCCCCGAAGAGAUUAUCAAGGCGUGGAAGGAUGGGAAUCAGGAUAUGAUUGUUGAGGACUUCAAGUCCGCUGGCCUAGACAAGGAAUUGUUUGUCAAGAAGGCGAUGAAAAAAAUUGUGACCCGCAUUCGUGAGACGGACCUGUGGGGAGAUGGUUCCUUUAUGUCUGAGCAAGACAUGAAGCAUGAAGGUUUUCCGGAGCACCGGAUCAAGGCGAUCAAGGCUGAGGCUAUGCGCAACAAGGGCUGGAAACAGAAACUCGGAUGUUCGGGGCUUCAAAGGCUAAACGAGGAGUUGUCAGGUAAAUUCAAUAUGGCCAUCAAAGUAGAGCAGUUUUUGUUGAGGCGGUACCUGCCAUCCCCCUCCACCAAGUAUCUCCUUGUUUUGGCGGCCUCUCAAUGCAGCUUGAAUGACUUCUUCUUCUCCAUGCAGCUUCUUGACGCCUCCAAGGCGUGA